AUGGGAGCUUUUAUAUCAUCAUAUAAUAACUCUAACCAACAACAAGAAUUAGAAAAGAUUGUAUACCCUGAAAUUGUUGGUGUUAAACAAAUUGAUCAUUAUUCAAAAAAAUUAAUUUUUAUUCUUAAAAUUCAAUUUGAAGAAGAGUUAGAAGAAGGUCAGUGUCAAAGUUUUAAACAAAAACUAGAAGAAACAGUCAAACGUAUUGGAGUAGAGUCUCAAGAAACUCAUCUCCAUCAAACUAUCAGCAAGUAUGACUAUAUUAAUUUUCUUGAAUUUCAAGAGUAUACUAAUUAUCUUCUUACCCGGAAUAUAUCAGAAAUAAAUGAAUACUCUGAAGAAGUCAUUAACAAUCAAAUGAACUUAAUUGAAAAUGAAAUAUUUAUUACUCAAUAUAAAAAAACUCAUGAAUUAAAGUUGUUGAAUAAUUAUAAUGAAUGGAUGAAUCAAUACAAACAAGAAAUAUUAUAUUCUGUUGCAUGGAAAUCUUUUUUAAAAGGUUCUUACAAAAAAGAAGCAACAUAUCAAGAAUUUCUUCGACACUGUAUUUAUUCUAUUCUUAAAGAAAAAAAAGUUGAAGAUAACAAUACAAAAGGAUUGUCACAAAGAAAACUACCAUCACCCUAUUCAUUAGGAAAUUCUCAAAUGUCCAAAGGCACUAUUGUUAAACAAAUUAACUUAUUAAAACAUAACCGAGAACUUCAAAGCUCUGUUGAGGAACUUGUUAAAUACGAUACAGAAAAUAAACAUGAAAAAGAAUAUGAAGAAUUAAUGAAGAAAAUAUUGUUUGUUUUGUUCUUAAUAAUAUAA